UUCUCCGAACAAAUUAAGAAUGUAAGCGGCCUCUUAUGAAAUCACAUUUUCUGUUCAAUGUUUUCACAAAUGGCAUCAAAUCAGUAUCAAGAACAAUUAAAUCGAUUACAGGUUGAACAAAACAAUGCCAUAAGUAAUACAAAAUUACAAAUUGAUAAAUGGGUUUCCUUCAAGACUGAUUACAGUGCAUUGAGAGAAAGGCUAAGAACACUUCCUGACAAUCUUUCCCAUGAUGUUAUGGUUCCCAUUGGAAAGAUGGCGUUCAUGCCAGGUCAGUUAGUUCAUACAAAUGAGAUCUUGGUGCUGCUAGGUGAUAACUGGUUUGUGGAAAGGUCAGCAAAGCAGGCUGCAGACAUUGUGACCAGAAGAAUAGAAAGUAUUGACAAGCAGCUUGAGGAUCUGAACAAACAAUUGGGCCUUUUACAACCAAGACUAGAUUUCACAACUGAGUUGGAGGGAAUGAGUAGAGAUAGAGAAGUGCAGGAUAUUAGAGAAGAGUAUGAUGAAGAAAAGGAAAAGACCUGGAAAGUCCAACACAAGAAAAAUGUUCAGGCCUACAGACAUAAAUUGAAGGCAGAGGCAGAGCAAAGUAACACCCCUGUGACUACCAAAGAUAACACUGAUGCAGAUUUAUGGCAAAGACUUGAUCAGUUAGAAGAGAUCGAGUCCAGAAGACAUGAGCUUGCAAAAAUUGGAACAAAUGCAGAGUCCAAGUUAGAAUCGCAGCAAUUGCCCGACUGGGUCCCCUCAUCAUCAACGCAUAAUGAAGAACAGCCACUGGCUUAUCAGCGGCGGGAGGACGGAUCCUGGGAAAGUCUUCAACAACAAAAUCAGAUUGUACCGGUACCGGCAAAUCAGCAGGAGACUACAGAAGAUCAGGAAGACAGUGAAUCAGAUGUGCUAGAUUCUGACGAUGAUGAAUUAGAUGAUGAAGACGAGAUUGAAGUGGAGGAAUACAGUGAAAGUGAUGAUGAGGAUGAUGAGGCUGAUGUAUGCAGAGGAAAAGGACAGAUUAUACAGUUUUCACACACACUUAUCCAACCGCAGCCUUCACAGGAAGGCAAUUCGGAAGACCAGCUCACUCCAGGCAAUAUCUACCGGCGGAUGUACCGGCCCAAGUCAAUACUUAAGAAAUCACCACCGCAGAAACGGCUCACAAAAAAGAAAUCAACCAAUCACAGCAGAGUAUCAUUUGAUACUGAAUCAGAUGAGGACAGAGUUCACAAAAAUUUGGCAACAUCAGACAUGCAGUUAAAAAAUCGUCCAGCUUUCACCAGUGCAGUGCUAGAGCGACAGACGACUGAACAAUUUAAACUCCCCUCUGGAGCAGCCGAACAUGGUACCACCAACACCCAUUCCUCUGAAUCAACUGUGACCCAGUUUUUAAAUGAAAAUUCAGACUCCGUUAAGUCAGUGACUGAUCAGUUUGCAAGUGUCAGCGUUUCUGUUCCAUCAUCACAAGCAAAUACAAAACCAGUGUCAAGAUUCAAAGCUCAGAGAUUAAAUAAAUCUUGAAUCUGUGAACAUAAACUUCUUAUUUCCUACUUAUUUCAUUAACAUACAAAUUGAUAGUCCUGGUAUUGUACUCUGAUAAAAACUGUUAUGUAGCUGAACUUCAUCUCGAAUUCAAUAAUACAAAUAUUAGUAUGAAAAAGUGUGAACAAAUUCAGCAACAUUCUUCCCUGCUGUGCAUAUUAAACUCAAAUUUUCUGGCAUGUAAUUGUACUGUUAGUUGUAAAGUAGUAUACUUCCUCAUCAAAACUAUUCACACAUUUUUCA